AGAAAAAUCAAAUCUUCAAUCAAUCAAAAACCCCAUAUAUAAAACGUUCUCUAUCUUAAGCACCACACCAAGAUAAAUCACGAACCUUCCUGUUUACCCCUUUCUUGCCUACAAUCGAAGGAACUCGCCCUUUAUUAUCUCAUCUUUCUUUUCGAUUAUCAUCAAACCCUAGGUGAUUUAAGGGUUUUUCUGCUUUUGGGUAACUUGAUUUUGGGUCUCAGUUGAUCUUGUUUCGCUGGAUGGCUUCUGGAUCUUCAAAAGGGUUUGAUUUUGCAUCAGACGAUAUUCUUUGUUCAUACGAAGAUUACGCUAAUCAAGAAGGUUCUAACGGAAAUCACUCUGAUUCCGCGAUCGCCACUAAUCCCGCUAAACAGGAAUUCCACAAAAGCAGAAUGGCAAGAACAUCGGUAUUCCCUGGUUCUUCAUACAGUCCACCUGAUGAUUCUGGCAACCAAGAAGUGCUUAUUUCAGCUGUCGAGAGGUCAAUGAAGAAACAUACAGACAAUCUUAUGCGUUUUCUUGAGGGGCUUAGUUCACGUCUAUCACAACUCGAGCUUUAUUGCUACAAUCUUGAUAAAUCAAUUGGGGAAAUGCGUUCUGAUUUGACACGUGAUCAUGGUGAAGCCGAUGUUAAGCUUAAGUUUCUCGAAAAACAUCUUCAAGAGGUACACAGAUCGGUACAAAUUUUGAGAGAUAAACAAGAACUUGCGGAUACCCAAAAGGAACUAGCGAAACUUCAACUUGCGAACAAAGAAUCAUCAUCGAGUCAUAACUCACAACAAAAUGAGGAACGAUCUUCAACACCCGAUACGAAAAAAACCGAAAACUCACCCGAUCCACAUAAUCAACAAUUAGCCCUAGCCCUACCCAGUCAAGUGGCCCCACCCCCACCCCCACCCCCAGCUGCACCCCAACCACAACGACCCCCACAACCAAUGAGCCAACCACAACCACAAGGCUAUUAUCUACCUCCCGCCCCCACCCCCACCGCCCAAUAUAUGCACCCUCAAGUACCACAACCGCAGUCACAGUAUCAACCACAACCACAACAACAACAACAAUCACAGCUACAGCCACAGUAUCAACCACAACCACAACCACAACAACAGUCACAGCUACAGCCACAGUAUCAACCACAAUCACAAUGGGCCCAGGUACAACAACCUGGGUCUGUACCUGGGUCCGGGUCUGGGUCCAGACCGUCAUCACCUCAAGUCUACCCGCAGUACCACAAUGCUGGCCCCAUUGAACCACUCCCGCAAAGUAUGCCUUACUCCGGCGGUCCUGGCGGUCCACCGCCCGGCUCUAGCCAAGCCAUGACAUACACAUACGGUGGACCGGUCCAAACACCGGCGCAGCCGCCUCAGCCACAGCAACCACCGCAGCAUCUGAAGCCGGCGUUCGGAGGACCGCCAGGCGACGCAUAUGCCGCCGGUGGGCCGCCGCCGCCGCCAGGCUACAUGAUGUACGAUGGUGAACCGGGAAGGGUCCCACAUCCUCAACAACAACAUUCAAACCAAAUUGGUCAUUUCCCGCAACCCGGUUAUUCUCAAAACCCGCAGCAAGUUAUGCGCCCUACACAACGGUUUACACCAAAUCAUCCGUACAAUGAAGUGGUGGAGAAGUUGGUAAGCAUGGGGUACAGAGGCGACCAUGUUAUGAGUGUGAUUCAGAGGUUGGAUGAAACCGGGCAGACGGUUGAUUUUAAUGCGGUGCUUGACCGGUUGAACGGGCACUCCUCGGGCGGGUCGAGAGGGUGGUCCGGGUAAAAAAAAACCGGGUGGGCCCGGUUUGAUGAUUUGUGAAUUCCAUGACGUGUCACUUGUGUGUGUUUUGGGUUUAGGGUUUAAAUUAUCUAUUUAUGUUUUUGAAUAAAUGUCAAUGUGAUGGUUGUGGUGAUAUGCACAUAUGGACAGGGGGAGAUAUUUUUAGUUUGUAAUCCCCCUGUCGCAGUAUUUAUGUUUGCUAUAGAGGAUAUGUUAGUUACGUGUUUCUUGACAUGUAUCUUUAUGUGACUUUUAUGUAUGUAAACUUUGAAGGUUGAAGAAUAAAAAAGUGUUAGUCUUGUAGUGA